UAAAAAUAAUAAAGUUGGCUACAUCCUCUAGUACUUUGCUCCCUUCCGGUUCGCUCUUUCAGGGUGACUGUCUUAUUUAGUUUAGCUGCAUUCAAAUCUUUCUCCAUCUUCCAGUAUGAAGAUCUAUAAGGAUAUUUUCACCGGUGAUGAGAUGUUCUCAGACACCUACAAAAUAAAGUUGAUUGACAACGUUUUAUAUGAAGUGUAUGGCAAGGUGAUUACUCGCAAAUCAGGAGGUGACAUUGAAAUUGCUGGGUUCAAUCCAUCUGCUGAAGAAGCUGAUGAAGGAACAGACGAAGCAGUGGAGUCUGGUGUUGAUAUAGUUAUGAAUCACCGACUGCAAGAAACUUUUGCCUUUACGGAUAAAAAAUCCUAUACCUCAUACUUGAAGGAUUAUAUGAAAAAAUUGGUAGCGAAGUUGGAAGAACAAUCUCCUGAUCAAGUGGAAGUUUUCAAAUUAAACACAAAUAAAGUAAUGAAAGAUAUAUUAAGUCGUUUUAAGGAUUUACAAUUUUUCACCGGCGAAUCUAUGGAUAUUGAUGGUAUUGUAGCAUUAAUGGAAUACCGUGAGAUCGAUGGUGAAUCUGUGCCUGUACUCAUGUUGUUUAAACAUGGUCUUGAGGAACAAAAGUUUUAACUAAUUUUAGGUAUCCAACAAAUUAUAAAUCAAGACUGUACACAUGCUGAAAAGCUUGUGAAAUUUAGUUAAAAGGAAAACACGAUUUUACUUCCAGUCUCAUUUUAUAAUGCAGUUGACUUAUUCAUUUAAAUCAAUCGAUGACAGUCUCAAAGAAGCUAAUAAUUGUACAUGUAGCCUGAAUGAAGGGAAGAUGGAUACGAUGAUGCACAUUCCCUUCAAUUGACCUGUGUCUGAUUUCGUUUGUAAUAUUGUUUGUAACAUUAUUUUUUUACUUCGAUUUUUUUAUUGAUCACUUAUUAGAGACUUUAAUUUAUGAUUCAAAAAUGGAAGAUGGGGAAAGAAGUUUGCAGCGAUGAAAAUAUCAAAAUAUACGUCUAAUUAUUGUUAAUGAAAAAAAGUCUUCAUGGAUAAUAAUUAAAUCUGAAACAUACUCUGUAUAAUGUCCAACACGAAUAAAAAUGUGUUUUCAUAAGUACUGCC